AUGGUGAACAAUUUUCAAGACAGUAGUCUUAUUGCUAUUGCCAAAGAAUGUAAAAAUCUCGAGUAUUUGAAUAUAAGUCAUUGCAAAUAUAUAACUGAAGAAGGUCUCAAUGCCAUAACCACAAUAAAAUCAUUACGAAGAUUAAAUGUGAGCCAUCUCGAAUGUGUUAGAGACAGUUUUCUUAGAAAAUUAAAAGGAUUAAGUUUGUUGAAAUGUAACGAGUGUCAAAAAAUCAGUGAUGUUGGUCUUAUUCAAUUUAUAAACAAUUGUCCAGAUCUCAAACAUCUAUCUGCGGACGGCACUUAUAUGACAAUUAAAACCAUCAUUGCUGCUGACCAGGCAACCAAACAUCGUGAAAAUAAUAUUAUUUUGCAUAUACAUCUUUGUUAUAAGAAGCUUAGAACAGCUUGUAGAUCUAUAAUUGAAUCUAAAUGGAGUUGGAACAAUCGUGAACGUCGACCUUCAUUAGUUUUUGAUAAUUUAUCGAAAUUGCAAAAUCUUGAACAAUUAAGCUUGCAAUCGAUGAUCACAAAUGAAUCUUUCGAUAGUAGUAUUAUUGCUAUCGUUGAUUCAUGUAAAAGUCUGACAAAAUUAGAUAUUAGUAGUUGCUAUGAUGUUACUGAGACAACUCUCAUUGCUUUAACCAACUCCGAAUCAUUAAAAGAAUUAAAAAUUGGUUAUAUUCAUAGUGUGACAGACAAUUUUAUCUCCAAAUUGAAAGGAUUACAAUGUUUUGAUUGUACAGGUUGCAAAAAAAUUACUGAUGCUGGUGUCAUUCAAUUGAUUAAAAAUUGUCCUGAUCUUGAAAAUCUUGAUCUUGACUAUACUCAUGUUACAACUAAUACGAUUAUUGGUGCCUCUGAAGCAACCAAAAAUCGUAGAAAUAAUAUUAUUUUGAUUCUUGACGUCGACAGGAUACUUAAAAGAUCAUUCAAGUCACUAAAUAAAUCUAUAUGGUUAGCUCUUCGUCGUUGA